AUGUUGUUGGCUGCUUUUGUUCUUUCAAUUUUCUUGAUCCUAUGCAACUCCCACUUCAUAGUUCAUGUAAGUUCUUUAAAUGAUGAAGGGUAUACACUUUUGACUUUCAAACAGUCAAUUACACAAGACCCUGAAGGGUCUUUAAACAACUGGAACUAUUCUGAUGAAACCCCUUGUUCAUGGAAUGGCAUUGCAUGCAGAGAACAAAAAGUAGUUUCUGUUAGUAUUCCCAAGAAAAAGCUCUUAGGGUUUAUAUCUCCUGUUCUUGGAUCUCUUUCUGAGCUCAGGCAUCUUAAUUUGAGGAACAAUAAGUUCAUGGGUAGUUUGCCUCUUGAGCUUUUCAGAGCUGAAAAGAUUCAGAGUUUGGUUCUUUAUGGCAAUUCUUUAUCUGGGUUGGUCCCAAAUGAGGUUAGCAGACUUAAUUACCUCCAAACCCUAGAUUUGUCAAGUAAUUUCUUCAAUGGGUCAAUACCCAUUUCAUUGAUUCAGUGUAAGAGGUUAAGAAGUCUUGAUCUGAGCCAAAACAAUUUCACUGGUUCACUCCCAGAAGGGUUUGGAACCAAUUUGGGGUUUCUUGAAAAACUUGACCUUUCUUUCAAUCAAUUCUCUGGUUCUAUCCCUAAAGACUUUGGAAACUUGUCUAAUUUGCAAGGAACUGUUGAUUUGUCUCAUAAUUUGUUCAAUGGUUCAAUCCCACCUAGCCUUGGGAAUCUUCCUGAGAAGGUUUAUAUUGAUCUCACUUACAAUAACUUAAGUGGUCCAAUUCCACAAAAUGGUGCUCUGGUGAACCGAGGGCCAACCGCUUUCAUCGGAAAUGGUGGACUGUGUGGCCCUCCGUUGAAAAACCUCUGUUUUCCUGAUGAUGCUAGCUCACCUUCUUCAUUUCCCUACCUGCCAAACACUAAUCCAUCUGAAAUUCCUGAAAAGGGUCGAAAAGGGUUGAGUAAAAGUGGUGUGAUUGCGAUUAUCGUUAGUGAUGUCAUUGGGAUUUGCUUAAUUGGUUUGGUUCUAUCGUAUUGUUACUCAAAAAUCUGUCUUUGUGGUAAAAAGACACAUGGGUACGAGAAAGGAAGUAAGGGAAGAAACGAAUGUUUAUGUUUCAGAAAAGAUGAAUCAGAAACGCUAUCCGAGCACGUUGAACAAUACGAUCUUGUAGCAUUGGAUACACAGUUGGGGUUUGAUUUAGAUGAGCUUUUAAAGGCUUCGGCUUUUGUUUUAGGGAAGAGUGGGAUCGGGAUUGUUUAUAAGGUCGUGCUCGAAGAUGGAAUUACUUUGGCUGUUAGACGAUUGGGCGAAGGAGGUUCUCAAAGGUUUAAAGAGUUCCAAACCGAAGUUGAAGCCAUCGGGAAGCUAAGGCAUCCAAAUAUUGUAACUUUGAGAGCUUAUUACUGGUCUGUGGAUGAGAAAUUACUCAUCUAUGAUUUCAUUCCGAAUGGCAAUCUUGGCACUGCAAUUCACGGGAAGCCCGGCAUGCCAUCUUUUGUGCCACUUACGUGGCCUGUGCGUUUGAAGAUAAUGAGAGGAACUGCAAAGGGUCUGGUUUAUCUACAUGAAUUUAGCCCCAAAAAGUACGUCCAUGGCGACCUAAAACCGUCAAACAUUUUGCUUGAUAUGAACAUGGAAGCCCAAAUCUCCGAUUUUGGCCUCGGCCGCCUGGCUAACAUAGCCGGAGGCGGCACACCGGCACUUCAAUCCCAUCGAGUUGUCUCGGAAGUUGCAACCACCACCACAACCGCAACUUCAGCGUCAGCUUCAAACAUGCAUGCAUCUUAUUACCAAGCGCCCGAAGCUUUCAAAGUGGUGAAACCUUCACAAAAAUGGGAUGUUUACUCUUUCGGAGUUGUUUUGCUGGAGAUGAUCACCGGAAAAACGCCAGUUGUGCAGGUGGGUCCGGAGGAAAUGGACCUUGUGCACUGGAUUCAGGCGUGUAUCGAAGAAAAGAAGCCGCUUUCGGAUGUUGUGGACCCGGGGUUAGGUGAAGACGCAGAUAAAGAAGAGGAGAUCAUCGCGGUUUUAAAGAUCGCAAUGGGGUGCACACAAAGUAACCCAGAAAGAAGACCCUCCAUGAGACAUGUUGCUGAUCUCUUGGAUAGAUUGUCUCAAGAUUGAAGAAUUGGGUCAGUUUGGCAUAUUUGGAAAGUGGAAGGGUGUGAAAUGUAAAUCUGGUGAAAUGAGUAGGGGAGAAUGUAUUAUUUUAUUUCUUUAUUUCUGUUUUUUAAUUUUAUCUUUUUC